AUGAAGCCUGCUAUUUUACGUACACAUACAACAAUGUUUUGUCAGCUCUGUUUCCUAUCGUUUCUCUGUCUGCUUCAAUCCACGCUGGCAGACCCUUGUACAUCGUAUACACUGCUGAGCGGACAAUUCAAACGCUCAAGCGGCUAUACACUACUAUCUACAGAUGUCGCUGUCAGCGACAACUUCCUGUCUUCCAAAUGGUACCGAUUUGACAGUGGAGCGGGAAAUGACAUGGUGACGUCAGCACCUGCCAUGAGCCAGUGUGGAACAGUAUUUCCGAUCUGGAUGCAAGGCACUCUUCCCUCAGAUGCUGAUGGGGAGGUGAACAGAACUGUCUGUAUUGUUGGAUUCAUUAGUUCAUGUGACAAGACAUUGACGAUCAAAGUAAAGAGUUGUGGCGUGUUCAGAGUGUACUACCUGGUACCAGCUCCUCAAACAGCUACUGGAUACUGCAUAGGAGAGGAAUCGCCGUGUCCAGACGGACAAACAUCGACGACUGGAUUCACACCUUGUCAAGCACGUGCUCCUGUAAACACAGCACCAACAGUGAAUGUAUCAUUAGAAUAUGGCGAACGGCUGGCUAACUUCCAACCCUUAGAGGCGGUUUUCAAGUGUCUGCACUCAGAACCCUCCGGGGGGCCCUACUGGUACGACACCUACUGGUACAUCAACACAGACGAAGUAAAGGUGAUAGAAUCAAAGCCCUAUCAGGACAACCAGAGCUGGCUGUACCCCAGAGAUUGGGUCAACAGUUACAACUUGAACAUGGUGGUGAGUCCAAAUCUACAGCAAUACAAGUAUUGUGUGCCUUCAUCAUCUAGAUAUUCUGUUAAAGAAGGAGAGAAAAUAUCCAUCGAGUUAACAGUCACCGUACCAGUUGGUUGUUUUAACGUUGAGUUUAAGGCAGGCUGCCUUGCCUCUAUUUACCUACUUACCCCGGAAUACCAAUUACACGUCGGAGCAUGUGGAAAUUACACCGAGCAAGGAGCCGUAUCAUUUGAGGAUAAUGCCUGUGGGAUUGAAAUCAGGACCUCUACCUGGUGGCUUAAAAAAAUAUUGAAUGUUACGGGAAAGACAGACGGAUUGAUAAACAAUAGAGAUAGAGACGUGAAUAUCAGACUAGGUGCUAAGACUAAUGGGAUGGAUCCAUCAGGCGUGUGGGACAAUUUUACAAUGCCAGAUAUAAAGAUAUUCCUUUAUGAUGUGGAUAGCGGCAUUGCUAACAAACUGUGCUAUGCUAGAACCGACCCUAGAAUGGAAACAUUCGAUGAAAAAUACUGGACAGCUCAGCUAGCAGGGGAAUUUAUAAUGUACAGACAUACACGAAGAAAAAUAAGUGUCCACGCAUUAUUUUCCUCAUGUACCUGGAACGGAUGGAGGGGACAGGGUCCCUGUGGAUGUGGUAUUGCCGUGAGGGUGGAGAACUCUCUAUUUGUACAUCGUACUUGUGAAGAGAUUUCAUACCGGUAUUCCAAGCCUCUCAUUCAUCAUGACACUGUGCACCACGUGUGUGACAAUAGACACAUGGUAGUGGAGAUAGGAAAUCCCUGGACAAAGAUUACUCUACCUACUGGAGCAAUAGUAGAAUACAGCGUGGGACACAAAUGGUUGUAUAAUAUUCACAUUACGCCCUCCAUAUUCGAUGAGGACAAUGUAGAUGGGUUAUGUGGUAAUCCUAACAAUGAUGACACUGACGACUUCACCCUUCAGGGGUCAUUGUCUGCUACCACCAACAAGACUGCCUUCCAGCUGAGUUGGAGAGUUGAGAUUAAUUCAACAAGGAGCCUUUUUGGACCUAACCCCAUAUUGGAUAGCAAUGACUUUGAGCUACAAAAAUACUGUGACUGUGCCACAAAUAUAUCAAAUUACACUGACCCGCUAUCUAAUCACUACACUGCAAAUUGUUCCAUAGCAACUCCGGCUCUCAUAUGCUCUCAAAAAACAACAUCAGGAAGUUUUACAUCCACAUGCGAGAGCUACCAAAACCGACACAAGCGAGAGGCGGGUGAUAUGGAUUUCUCUCAUCAGAGAUUCAGAAAGAGUGUUGACACUGAUGAUAUCAUAGAAACUCCACCCCUUGCAUUGGAUCCACAGUUUGAUCCAAACUUUAACCCACCGGUGAUUUUUGUCAUACUUCUAUCAUAUUCAGUCAUCGUCAGUUUAACAAUUUUCGAGAGUACAUGA